CCGCCGGGCUGCCGUCGCGGGGGUGGGGAGGCGGGGCCGCAGCGGCAGUCAUGGCGGCGUCCGUCGUCCCGGAAAGUGACAGCAUCCGCAGGGCCGUGUCGCUGCUGAACGCCAUGGACCCGGGCCGGUUCCCGCGGCUCCUCUCCCGCCUUCUCCAGAAGCUGCACCUGAAGGCUGAAAGUAUCUUCAGUGAAGAGGAGGAAGAAAAACUUCAAAUAGCUUUUUCAUUGGAAAAACAGGAUCUUCAUCUAGUCCUUGAAACUAUAUCAUUCAUUUUGGAACAGGCAGUCUAUCAUAAUUUGAAACCUGCUUCAUUGCAACAACAGCUGCAAAACAUUCACCUGGAUCAAGACAAAGCUGAAACAUUUGCCAGUGCAUGGGCGGCUGCAGGUCAAGAUACCAUUGAAAAGUUCAGGCAGAGGGUUUUGACCCCUCAGAAGCUCGAAACAAUUGGAUGGCAGCUUAAUCUUCAAAUGGCAGAGUCCAUGCAAGCGAAGCUGAAGUCUCCUCGAGCUGUGCUAGAGCUGGGAGUGAGCGACGAAGAUUCAAAGAGGAAUGUGAGAAGUAAGAGUGUGUUCUUAAAGAGUUGCUGCUAUGCCUCUUCACUAGGAAGAUCCAGUAAAGUGCAUUACUGUAUAAGAACCUCAAGAAAAUGUUUGUAGAAUUUAGUCAUCAGGAGCUGUUUGAGUUCUAUAACAAGCUGGAAACUAUACAAGCACAGCUGGAUUCCCUUAUGUGAUGUUUUUGAAGACUUAUUUCUCCAUCACACUCCUGCCACCUCAUUAUUUUGAAUUGAAGAUAGUUUGCCAAGCUGUGUUUGCUGAAGGAUUCAGUGGGUUGCUUCCUGUAAAAUUAUAUGGCUCAUCUCCUUUUUAGACCAGUAACAUUAGCCAAGAGCCUUUGUUAAGAGUCUGAAGAUUCUAAUGGACUUUCUCUUGUUUUCUGAGCAAUUGUGAAGAAUAGUUUUACUUGCAGAAAGAAAAAAGAAUGCUACCAUGCUUUAGAAUUUUAAUUUUUUUUUUUUGUCCUGUUAUGUGUGUUAGUUGAUUCUGGUAGAAAUUUGCAUACUAGUGAGGGACCAAGAAUCAAGUCUAUUUCUUAGACAUAAAAAGAAUAUAAAAGUAGUAAAAAAAAUACACAACUAAUAAAAUCUCUAUCAUUUUAAAUUGUUAUUCACAUGAUUGAUAAUGCUUAUUUCAAAUUUGUCAAAAUAAAUUCACAAUUUAAAAAUGAA